CGGGGAGCAGCCGAGUGCACGGCCUCCCGCGGCCUAGAGCGUAACCGGAAGUGCCGCGCCGCCGCGCUGGGGAUCGAGCGCUUCCGGCGAACGGUGGGGCUGGAGGCAGGUGUCCCCACUCCUGGUGCUUCUGCAAGGCACAGCAAGGAGAGCCCGCAGGCCUGGGUCUCCAGAACACCAUGGACAGGGCUACCCUGGUGGACACACAUGCAGCUUCCCUGGCACCGGCAUCAGGUGACAGCCAGGCUUCUGGCUGUGCCGCUUCAGUGGCCGAGCGUGGGGCGCAGGCGCAGAGCGCAGAGCUGACGGUAAGGCAGGAGGCUUUGGAGGAAGAAGGGACAUGGCAUGGAGAGAGCACACAGGGGCCUCCCUGGACACAUGAGCCCCCGGACCGCUGUGGGAACGAGGGGGCCAGAGACAGCCCCAGAGGUUCCCCUAGGGUUCCAGAGGUUUCUAAGACACCCGGAGGGGAUACUGGCCAUGAGAGCAGUGCGCCGCCGGGGUCAGAGGCCGCCCUGAGAGCUCUACCGGACACGGGCGGAAGAGGCCCUGGGAGGGGGCGGCCUUACCAGUGCAGCACCUGCGACCGUAGCUUCAAAUGCUAUUCGGAUGCGGCGAAGCAUCAGAGCAUUCACUCCGGGGAGAAGCCAUACUCCUGCAGCGACUGCGGGAAGGCCUUCAUCCACAGCUCACACGUGGUCCGCCACCAGCGCACGCACCACGGGGAGAAGCCCUAUGUGUGCAAGGAGUGCGGGCGGGCCUUCAGCCAGAGCUUCAACCUGGUGCGGCACCAGCGGACUCACACAGGCGAGAAGCCGUAUGGCUGUGCCGAGUGCGGCAAGGCCUUCGGGCAGCGCUCCGACGCCGCCAAGCACCAGAGGACGCACACGGGCGAGCGGCCGUACGCCUGCAGCGAGUGCGGCAAGGCCUUCCUGCACAGCUCCAACGUGGUGCGUCACCAGCGCACACACCGCGGCGACAGCCCCUAUGAAUGUCAGGAGUGUGGCCAGGCCUUCAGCCAGAGCUCCAACCUCCUACAGCACCGGCGAGUGCACACGGGCGAGAAGCCGUACGCCUGCCCCGAGUGCGGCCGCGCCUUCAGCCGCAGCUCCUUCCUCAGCGAGCACCGGCGCAUCCACACGGGUUUGGUAAAGAGACAGCAAAUCUGUGAAGAGCACAACUCUAGUCAAAGCAGAAAGGAGCAGGAAGCUGCAGGAGCAUCUCUGGCCGGCCCACAGCCGACCUCCUGGGGCUUCAGGAGAACCAGAUAACGUCAAUUUAGAAACAUGGUCCUUCAAAAGGAACUUCUAUUUUUAUUUUUUUUAAGAUUUUAUUUAUUUAUUCAUGAGAGACACAGAGAGAGGCAGAGACACAGGCAGAGGGAGAAGCAGGCUCCACGCAGGGAGCCUGAUGCGGGACUCGAUCCCAGGAACCUGGGGUCAUGCCCUGAGCUGAAGGCAGACGCUCAACCACUGAGCCACCCAGGGAUCCCGUUUUAUCACAAUUAAAAGAAACACAAAAUAAAGGCUUCUGGAACUUUCUGACAUUUUCCAUGAGAGAAAAAGAGAGCUGGAACGGAACAUCAGGCACAGAGGGAAACCGAGCCUCCGCCCCAGCAUGAGGCUGAACACAGUUGGCCCAGGAGCCGAAUCCACGGCACACGUGUUUCCAUCCGGCGGACCAAGCGGCUCCGUAAAAUGUCAGCAGUGUUCACCGUUUGGAUCAUGUCCUCCUUACAACCGCAUUUCUGCCACCUGCACAAAUCAGCAACCUGGAGGGUGUGAGCCUUGAUGCACACAUGCCCACGCGGAGGUGAGCACACACCUCCCAGCGGGGACACGCAGGGUGCCUGCGGGAGGCCUCAGCCCACCUCCCCGGCCUCUCCUCGGAGACUAUAGAAAACUAGUAAACUCAACUUGACAUAGCUCUGAGAACACAUCAAAUUAAACAAGUCCCCUAGUUCAAGGCCAGGCGCCUCAUUCAAAAUGAAUAUGAAACACAUGAAAUACACUCAGAGCGACGUAAGUCAAGCUACCGGAUUCUAAAGCGCACAUCCCAGUCAGCGCGAGGCGAGCCCUGCGCCGGCCUCGCUCACAGCUCACAGCACCAGACGGUUCAAAGGAGACUCCACCUCAGGCUCGCCAUCAGGCUUCCUCUUUGUCUCCCUGGACAAAAGGAGCUUUUCAGGCUAUCACCUGAUACAAGAAGGAGGCAGAGAACAAACAGGAGAGGGAGAGAAGGGUCAGGGACAACACGGUACCUCCUGCUGUGUUAACCACGUUUGGUUUUAUUCUUUGGAAAACACGUGCUUACACCUACUGUUACCAACUUUACAAUUGUUUCUCGCAAAAUCAUUUAUUUCAAACAAAAACAAAGCCAAAAAGGGACCAAUGGCAGCUGAGAGAGGGCAGGCCUUUAGGCUUCUGUCUACAUUCUAGUUGGACUGGAGUCUUCCUUCUUCUUCUUUUUUUUUUUUUUAAAGAUUUUAUUUUAUUUUUUCACAAAAGACACAGGUAAAGAGAGGGGCAGAGGGAGAAGCAGGCUCCAUGCAGGGAUCCCGGGUCUCCAGGGUCACGCCCUGGGCCAAAGGCGUCGCUAAACUGCUGAGCCACCCGGGCUGCCCUGGAUUCUUGCUUCUGCUAGAGUCAAAGCAAAGUCUAAACACAGGGGUGCAGGUCCCAGCCCCACGGCGGAGGACCCUCCCAGCACUCACCUCGUCCUCUCCGGCCUUACCCCCCCUCCUCCAGAGAAAGAGGGCUGUGAACAAACCCUACCUGAUAACAAGAUUAUCCUGGCCCGGAUUCUCUUUUGAGAUGGAGGAUGUACUUUCAAGCACCGCUGCAAGCCCCAAGAUGACCGGGCAUCCAUUCCCCAUGAGCAUGUUCCCGUCACCAUCAGUGGUUAGAACUUCUGUGAAAACACCAAAAAGGCCACCACUGAUGUGGCCCCUGAGAUGUGAGACGCGGUCCAGGUCACCCUGACCCCCUGCCCGUGGCUGCCCACCCCCCCCAGCAUCCGGCCAGCGGGCAACCACACCCACCCCUCCGAGGCCUGAUCCCGCCCCGCAUAC